UGGAGGGGGCGGAGGGUCCAGACUCCUGGGUUGUGAUCCCGGAGCGGCUGGGAUUCUGGACUCUUGAGUCCCGGGGUGGUGGGGGCGUGGGGUGGGGUAAAGGACUGUUGAUCCUGAAUCCUAGGUCCCGGGGGUGAAAGCGCUGGGAGCCCCGACUCCUGCCUGGGUCCUGGGAGGAGGGGGCUGGGGACCCGGACUCCAUGCUGUAGAAAAAGAGGCUGGAUCGAGUCCUUGGGGGCGUUGUUUGAAAUCAGCCAAGGUCUGGGUGGGCAAGGUCCGGAGCUUGGCCGCAGGAAUGCACUCUGGCCGUGACCCUGCCCCACCCUGGGAUUUCCCGAGUCGCCACCCGGCCCGGGUCCCCGGGCUGAGCAGGAAUUUCCCUUGUGCGGGGAUUCCACGAGCGCCACGCUUGGCCACGCAUCGCGUCUCGGAGCGGGACACCUGGGUCGCCGGGCGGAGAGGAAGAAGGAGAUGGAAGAUUCCCUUGCGUGAGCGACGUGACGUCAGUGCGUCGCGUCUGGGCGGUUUCCGAGUCCGCCCUCCGGCGCUUAACCCUUCCUAUGCUCGAGCGGGGCUCGGAAGGGUGAGGGCUGAGCGCCCGGCCUUCUUGCGUCGUGCGAACAAGGAGUCUGGAAACUGGGAUUACCAGGUCCUAGAGGGGAGUAGGCUGAGGGCCCGGACUCCUGGGUCCUGAGGAAGGGUAUGCGAGUCUCCCAGACUCCCGUGAGUGAGCCGGAAUGAGCGCAGCCACUGCCCAUCACAGACGGUGAAGAAGCUCCUAGAAGAACAAAGGCGCCGCCAGCAGCAGCCUGACGCUGGUGGGCUACAGGGACAGUUCCUGGCUCCCCUGGCCCAGCCCCUGACCCCACCUGUGAAUGAGGGUGAAGCUGGCCAUACUCACUUCCCAGCACACCAGGAGACUGUGGGUUCUGGACUUGGCAGCCUGGCGCCCCCCAUGGGCUUUCCAGACUGGGACCCCAACACGCAUGCUGCCUACACGGACAGGCCCUACUCUUACCCUGCUUCUGCUGCUGAAGGUUUCCUGACUCCUGACUUCUACUCACACUCGGACCCAGGGCGGCCGUGUUCAUUUCCCCUGGGGAUGGAGGACCCCCUGGAUACUCGGCCCUAUGCAGAACCUCCCCUGCCACAGGCAGGAUCCUGGAGAGGUUCUGGACUCCCUUCAGGACCCCCACAGUUGCCUCCUGUGGUCAACGGACCAUCCCUGGACGCUGCCCGUGCUCACAUGCUGGCUUUGGGGCCACAAAAGCUGCUGGCCCAGGAUGAGGAGGGAGACACGCUCCUGCACCUGUUUGCGGCUCGAGGGUUGCGCUGGGCCGCAUAUGCCGCAGCUGAGAUGCUCCAAGCGUACAGACAUCUGGACAUUCGUGAGCAUAAGGGCAAGACCCCUCUUCUGGUGGCUGCUGCUGCCAACCAGCCCCUGAUUGUGGAGGAUCUACUGAACCUGGGAGCGGAACCCAACGCCACUGACCAUCAAGGGCGCUCUGUCUUACACGUGGCCGCUACAUAUGGGCUCCCAAGAGUUCUCUCGGCUGUGAUUAACUCAGGGGUUCGAGUUGACAUCGAAGCCAGAGACUUCGAGGGCCUCACCCCUCUCCACACAGCCAUCCUGGCCCUCAACGUUGCUAUGCACCCCCCCGACCUAUAUCCCCCAGUACUGAGCACCCAGGCCCAGGACAGGCUGGCUUGCGUCAAGAUGUUGCUGCACAUGGGUGCUGAUCAUACCAGCCAGGCACAUAGUAAAGUUUCAUUGUGGAAAAUGUCUUUACUUGCUUCAAAAUAUGAAGAGAGGGGCUUCCCUGGUGGCGCAGUGGUUGAGGGUCCGCCUUCCGAUGCAGGGGACACGGGUUCGUGCCCCGGUCCGGGAGGAUCCCAUGUGCCGCGGAGCGGCUGGGCCUGUGAGCCAUGGCCGCUGAGCCUGCGUGUCCGGAGCCUGUGCCCCGCAACGGGAGAGGCCACAACAGUGAGAGGCCCAUGUACGGCAAAAAAAAAAAAAAAAAAAAAAAGAGAGAACAGUUCAGUAUGGAAGAGAUCAAGAGCAACAAGACAGUUCUGCACUUGGCUGUGCAGGCUGCCAACCCGACCCUGGUUCAGCUGCUGCUGGCGCUGCCACGGGGAGACCUGCGGGCCUUUGUCAACAUGAAGGCCCAUGGGAACACAGCCCUCCACAUGGCGGCCGCCCUGCCCCCUGGGCCGGCCCAGGAGGCCAUUGUGCGGCGCCUGCUGGCAGCUGGAGCGGAUCCAACGUUGCGCAACCUGGAGAACGAGCAGCCCGUCCACCUG